AUGACGGUGUUGCAGUUCACGGCCGAGUGGGACGUGAACCCAGCAGACCGCGCGGUCGGCAGGAUCGGCAGGACGGCGAAGAUCUGGACCACGGGAUCCUCGGACCCCACGGAUGCUGCGAACUCAACGGAGCGAGCUCACUUCCGAACUGGACGGCUAACGAGCAAGCCGGCUGGAUCUACAACGCGUGCUCGAGAGCGAGCACAACGAACGAACGAACGAACGAACGGCAAGCGGGGCGUGACGCAGAGUCACGAGACCUCGGGUAGGCGCGAGUGGGCGUACACCCGAGUGGCUAGAGACGGCGUGACGAACGGAGCCCAAGUCGUGCACAGCAGUCGGACACCCACCGGCGCAGUGUCAGGCGUUUUGACACUGUCGGCCAGACGGACUUCAGACCGCAUCAGCACGGUCGCGACCAACCCCAAGCGUGUGGGGCUAAACACGUUGCACUACUGA